AAGAUAGUGAGCAUCAAACAUGUGAUUGGUUUCAUAAAACCCUUGUUUCGGACUUACGAGACAGUAUCACCUCUGAUUCGAAACGCGAUGGACCGCGCGACUGCGUCUGAGUUAGAAAAAAUUAACUUAAGUGAAUACGAAAAUGGUCACGUCAAGAGCGACACUGAACAAAGGACUUCGAAGACGUAUGAUGAAGUGCAAUCCAGCCACUCGCCGUUUUGGAGACAGGCUUUCAUAGCUCUGGGCUCGUUCAUGCUGUCCUUCAGUGCGGGGGCAACGGCAGGGUUUUCGGCUAUCCUCAUACCUCAAUUACAACAUGCUAAGGGGAGACAUAAAUAUUCAACGGAAAUGGUCUCGUGGCGGCUAUGGCGUCAUUCGCUCUUCUAUUUGGAAACAUGAUAUCUGGAUAUUUGAUGGAAAAAAUGGGAAGAAGAGCGUCACAAAUAUUAUUAUCAGUGUUUUACAUUGGUGGUUGGACAAUAAUUGGAUUUGCCGGAAACAUAAAUUUCAUAUUACUCGGAAGAUUUAUUACAGGAUUCUGUCAAG